GCGGCCCAACGUUACCUUCUUCCCCCAACACAACAAUAAUUCCAUCUCUCCUUCUUGUCCAUUAUCAUACGCACCCUCCGCACCCCUCGCACCCCCACCAGCGCACGUUAGCACAGAGAGCCCAACCCCGAUGGCCACCUCUCGCCCUCCACCGCCGAAGCAUCUCGAUCUCGACCUUACGAUCGUCUCAGCCAAGCAUCUAAAGAACGUCAACUGGAAAAACGGCGACCUCAAGCCCUACGCGGUCUUCUGGGUCGACUCAGACCGCCGACUCGCCACCAAAUCUGACGACUCCGACACUCCCAAGCCCUUAGUCGGCACCCUACGGGUCCCACUCAAGGACCUGCCCGACCCGGACGACGCCACCCGAAUCCGCACCUUCCAGCUCGUCCGCCCCUCGGGCCGUCCACAGGGUAAGAUCCGCGUAAAGCUCGCCGUUCGAGAACGACCUCUGCCGCCAGAUUACCAUAUGACCCCUCCGCCCAGCUAUUUUUACUCAGGCGCCCCUAUGCCUCCCCCCUCUGUUCGUGACUACAGGUCAUACUCGCCGUCGCCGUACUCUUCUCUACAAGCUUCGGCUCCGACUCCAUCGGCUCCCCCCCCCCCGCCCCCGCCGUGCCAUUACAGCUCGUAUUCCGAUCCCUACUCGAGUUACUAUCCGGCGUACUACUCCAGCGCCCCACCUCCGCCUCCACCGAGGCCUUGGCCACCAGGUUACAGUGGGCCGGGUGGUCCUGGCGGGCCUGGCGGGCCUUCCGCACCACUGGACUACUCGAAUUAUGAUCAGAAGCCCAAGAGUGGGAAGAUGGGGCUGGGCACGGGAUUGGCUGUGGGCGCAGUGGCAGGAGGUAUAGGUGGACUGGCAUUGGAUGAGGGAUUGAGGUACGAAGAAGAUAAGAUUGCGGAGAGGGUUGAGAAUGACUUGCGUGAGCGUGACGAUUACAGCAACUAUCGUGCCGAUUAUUGAUUGAUUGAUUCAAUCGGAGGUUGAGGUAUGGUUUAAUGACUAAAGCGCAAUGUUAAUUUGCGGUUUAUCGGUGUAUAUGUAUAUAUAUUUUAUGUGGAAUUUGAUCUAAGCUUGGCGCUUAUGGAUGUUUGGUUGAAGUAAGACAAGAGUUUAAUGUUAAAUCAGUGUUUUAUUAUGGAAUAAAUAUUGGUUUGUUAUUAAUGAAUUUCAUGUGGAGCUUGUAAUGUGUU